UCUGAGGCACGUAGUGGGAGCUGGGCCUUUGGGUGGAGGAGCCCGAAGCGAAGAUGAAAUAACGGACCUAAGGUGGUGGCCGGGGAAGGAGAGGACUUCUGUAUACCGGGAGGCCCGGACCCCCGGCUCCUGGGGCAAGUAACCAGUAAUCCGUGGAUGCGGUAACAGGCACGGCCAGGGAGACGUGACUCCUGUAGGAUCAAGGCAGACGCCGGAGCUGUUGCUCUGGCAACAGGGUGAUAAGAGAAAUGAAGCCAACUGGUACAGACCCAAGGAUAUUAUCUCUAGCUGCUGAAGUCGCAAAAAGUCCUGAGCAGAAUGUCCCUGUUAUAUUGCUAAAGUUAAAAGAAAUAAUAAACAGCACAUCUUUAGGAAGCUCAGAGUUGAAGAAAAUCAAACAAGACAUAUAUUGUUAUGAUCUCAUUCAAUAUUGCCUCUUGGUCCUCAGUCAAGAUUAUUCUCGAAUCCAGGGUGGUUGGUCUACAGUUUCCCAACUUACACAAGUGUUAAGCCAUUGCUGUGUGGGCUUGGAGCCAGGAGAAGAUGCAGAGGAAUUUUACAGUGAAUUACUGCCAUCAGCUGCAGAAAGUUUUCUGAUUUUGGGGAGACGAUUACAAACAUGUUUCAUCAAUGCAGCUAAGGGAGAAGAAAAAGAUGAAUUACUACACUUUUUCCAAAUUGUGACUGAUUCUCUCUUCUGGCUAGUGGGAGACCAUGUUCAACUCAUUCAGAAUGUACUUCAAAGUGAUCAUUUCUUGCACUUACUGCAAACUGACGAUGUUCAGAUAGGAUCUACAGUCAUGACUAUGCUACAGAACAUACUACAUAUCAACAGUGGUGGUUUACUCAGAAUAGAAGGAAAAAACCUGCAUUCAAUUUUAGAUGAAGUUGUUUUCAAGCUUUUGUCAACUCCUAGUCCUACAAUAAGAAGUACUGCUACAAAGCUCCUACUGUUGAUGGCUGAGUCGCAUAAGGAAAUUUUGAUUUUAUUGAGACUGAGCGCCUGCUACAAAGGACUCAGAGGUCUACUAAAUAAACAGGAAACUGGAACAGAAUUUAGUCAAGAACUCAGACAGCUUCUUGGCCUUUUAAGUCCUAAGGUCUAUCAGGACAUAGAAGAGCAGAACCUGCAUAAAGCAGCUUGUGUGAUUCAAGCUUAUUGGAAGGGUUUCCAGACUAGAAAGAGAAUAAAGAAGCUUCCGUCUGCUGUGACUACUUUGCAAAGGAGUUUCAGAACUAAACGAACAAAGAUAUUGCUGAAGUUAAAUAGGCAGAAGGAAGAAGAGGACCACAGAUUACAAUUGCAACUUCAAAGACAGAGAGCCAUGAGACUUUCCCGAGAAUCACGACUGAGUCUGCUGGAGAUAGUUCAUCCAGGUCAGGUGGAAAAACACAAUCGGGAAAUGGAAGAGAAAUCAGCAUUGAUUAUCCAGAAACAUUGGAAAGGGUACAGGGAAAGGAAAAAAUUUCACCAACAGAGGCCAUCUCUUAUGGAGUAUAAAGCAGCUGUCACACUUCAGAGAGCAGCUCUUAAAUUCCUAGCAAAAUGCCGUAAGAAAAAGAAAGUAUUUGUCCCUUGGCAAGGACUCCGAGGGCUCACUGAUGCACGCAGAGUUGAACUGAAGCAACAAGUGGAUGACUAUGUGAGACGACACCCAAGCUCUCCGAUGUCAGAUGUGGCCAGCAGGGAGCUGCAUGCCCAGGCUCAAGAACGACUGCAACACUACUUUAUGGGCAGGGCCCUAGAAGAGAGAGCCCAGCAGCAUAGGGAGGCUCUGAUGGCUCAGAUCAGCACCAACAUUGAGCAGUUAAUGAGAGCACCAAGUCUGAAGGAGGCAGAGGGGAAAGAACCUGAACUCUUCAUCAGUAGAUCCAGGCCUCUGGCAGCCAAGGCCAAGCAGGGCCAUCUCGCCACCUUAAAGCACAUACAAGCACCCUGGUGGAAGAAGCUUGGGGAGGAACCAGGAGAUGAGAUUGAUGUCCCAAAGGAUGAGCUUAGUAUAGAAUUAGGAACUUUAUUCAUUGGUGGAACCAAACCCCCUUAGGGAGUUACCCAGAGAACUGACACAAAUCCUGUAUUUCAGGAGAUUAUAUUGGUUCUGUCUCUGUCAUGCUAGUAGACUAGGGCUGUCGUAACUCACUGUUUUCCAGAGGCUUCUCUUCAAACUGUACUUGCAGACAGUAAGCAAAGAGGUAUCUUCUACCUCUAUCCCAUUUCUCUUUCUCUUUUCUCCACAACUCCUGUCCCUGGCCACACACAAAUUUGUAUGGCUUUUAUUGUGAAACUUAACUCAGCUUGGCAUUCUAUUUAUAUUAAAUGUGAGGAGAUUUCUGUUGUUUCUAACAAAGUUUUUUAUAAAUAAAUAUUUUCAACAGUUCUGAAAGACUUGUCAGGCAUACUUCAACUUUUCACAUUUGUUAUUUAGAACUCCUGUUUUUCUGUUAAUACAGGAACUGUGCUCUUGGCCUUUAUUAAGACGAAGAAAAGAAAUGGUCAACUGAAGGGUGUUUUACUAUUUUCUACAAAACAGUGGUUGAACCCAUUUUCUGUUAUUUCUAUAAUAAGCUACAAAACAAAAUCCUCCUACAAUUCAAUGCAAGAAAAGUUUCUCCAGAUAAAAUUUCAUUUUUUAAAAUUAAGCUAUGAGAACUGUAUAACCAAUUGUUCCCCUCUUUGUCUUAUGUCCUAGGAAUCUCAGAGCUAAAUAUAAUGUUUAAUUUCUGUUACAAUCCUAGGUGCCAUAUGGUUAUUUGGUUCCAACCUAAUAAUUUCUGAUUUCUCUCUUUGUGUUUUAAUACCACCUCAAUUUGUGUUCGAAACACUAUGAAAUUUAAAUUAAAAUCAAUUAACAAAUCACAAGGAUUUGUUAAUUCAUAAGGAUCCUUGAGAGUGUUUAUUAUAUAAAUGAGUAUAAAUACCAGUAUUUCUGGAUGAGAGGACCAAAUAGUAUAAUGUCUAUUCUCCUCAAAUUAAUAUUAGUAAAAUUCUAGUCAAAAUUAUAAUGUAACUUCCACUCAAAAUUGGGAAGAAAUGUGUAAAAUUCAUCUGUAAGAAUAAGCAGAUGAGAGUUCUGGUUUCACUUAGAAUGUAGAAAGCUAUACAAAAAUGUUGAUCCCACCUGAACAACAGAAAAUGCCAGAUAAUCUACAAAAGUCAUCUUUUUUGAGCCCAUCCAAUAGCUGAGGCCUCAAGACAGCCAGUAAACUGAGAUGGGAUUCAGUUUAUGUGAAACUGUUUCAUCUUUAGUAGCACACAGGAAAGGAGCCCUGGUGGCACAGCCAUCAAGCGCUUGGCUGUUAACCCAAAGCUUGGCAGUUUGAACCCGCCAGCCACUCUGCAGGAUAAAGAUGUGGCAGU